AUGCCCAAGAAUAGAGAUGGGGAGAUGGUGGAGAUACCUCCGAAAGAUGAGGAGGAACUCAUGUUAGAAAAAUUGGUGUUUGGUGAUAUAGAAGGGUUUCAUGAAAAUUUGAGAAAAAUAGACAAGAUAUAUGAUUUUGAAGAUGAUGAAGAAGAAGAAGUUGUAGAAGAACUAGAUCCAAAUGGGAGUGAAAGUGAGGAUUUGGACAAUGUGCAAGAUGAAGACUUGUUUUACAUUGACGAUGGAGUAGAAGGGAAUGAUGAGAACGGGAUGGAUAUAGAUGAAGAGGAGGAGGACGACGACGACGAGGACGAGGACGAGGAAGAUGAAGAAGGAUUUGAAGAGAAUGCAUGGGAGGAUAGCGAUGACGAGAAAUUGAAUGUCUCAUUAAUUGCAUCUGAUAGACUUAAAAAAUUAAGAAAGAAUCCAGAGGAUACCAACAUAUCGGGAAGAUCAUAUAUAAUAAGACUACGUUCUCAAUUUGAGAAAAUAUACCCGCGUCCAGAAUGGGCCGACAAAUUUGAUCAAGAAAAGAACAAGAUGGAAGGAGGAGACAGUUCAGAUGAUGAUGAUGAUGAUGAUGAUAUGGUAAUAGACGAUAACAGAAAUGAAUCGGAAACGACAACCACAUCAGUAUCCCUUUCAAAGAUUCUUGCAAAUACACACCAAUUCCUUAUACUGAAGCAAUUGAAAUUGAUUUCGCCCACAAAAAUCUCCAUUACGCGGUUAAAAGACGCCAAUUACAAAAGAGUCUCCAAAGCAGCAAUACAAGCGUUAUCAUUCCAUCCUACUCAUUCCAUAAUACUUACUGCAGGCUUUGAUAAAACUGUACGGUUAUACCAAAUCGAUGGUAAGACAAACAAUUUUAUCACAUCAUACUAUCUAAAGAAUUGUCCCAUUAUGGCAUGCCAGUUCUUGCCCCAGGCAGAUAAAAAUGUAGUUUAUGCAGCAGGACGAAGAAAAUACAUGAACAAGAUCAAUUUAACCACGGGAGAAGUUGAAAAAAUAAGUCGUAUGUAUGGCCAUGAACAAGUACAGAAAUCAUUUGAAAGCUUCCGUAUAAGCUCACUGGGGCAAUAUAUUGGAAUGAUUGGUAAUUCUGGGUGGUUCAAUUUAAUCAAUGGUGUUACAGGACAAUGGAUAAAAGGGUUCAAAAUCGAAGGCACAGUAGUUGAUUUUGAUUUUUCACAAGACGAAACGUUUGUUGUUGUGGUCAACACGGGAGGUGAUGUUUGGGAGUUUGCACUAAGUGGCACAUUAACCUCGAAAUCGGAAAGCAAAAUUAUACGCAAAUGGCAAGACGAAGGAGGAGUAGGAAUCACCAAGGUGAAAAUGGGAGGCAGAAAGAAUAGCAGGUGGCUAGCUAUUGGGUCUAAUAACGGUAUUGUUAAUCUAUAUGAUCGAAAUGAAUUUACUGGUGAUGCACAACCUAAACCAUUCAAGACCAUUGGGAAUUUAGUCACAUCUAUUUCGUCGCUAGUAUUUAAUACCGACGGCCAACUACUUGCAAUUGCCUCAAGAGCUAAAAGAGACGCUUUUAAAUUGGUACAUCUUCCCACAGGGUCUGUAUACAGCAACUGGCCUACUAGUGGUACUCCUUUAGGUAAAGUUACUAGUGUUACUUUUUCGCCAAAUAACGAAAUUUUGGCAGUUGGAAACGAAGCAGGGAAAGUCACUCUAUGGAGACUAAACCAUUACUAG